UCUAACGUGAAAUAACGUAAAAGGGAAUUUAAAAGCUGUGCUACCCAAAGGCGCCUUACUGUGAAGGUUAAACUGGAAGAGAGUGUUCAGUAUGACGCUCGCACUACCAUUUAAGAAUCAUCCUAGUGCAAAAGUGCAUUUGGGAAAACCAAUCCAGGGUGGUUUGAUGUGCAAUAAUACGUUGUAAAUGAACUUACUGACUCAGAUUUCUUCACAGCAGAGGUGAUGGGAACUAGGGGUUGCAAUAUCUACAGUGCAGAUUUUGCCCAUUUUAUUCACCAUCUGAAAAGACCAGUGGACGUACAUGUGUCUUCUGACCUUUUAUAUAAAGGUUUUUGAAGCCCUUCCUCAAAAGUAAAAGACUGGACAGCCAUCCGCUGGCAGAGCCCUGUGUGGGCUGCUGAUAACCCAGCUGUCAGCUUUAAACCAAGAAUUACACAUUUCUGUCUGUUGGUGUCGUACCACAGGAUUAUAUGCCAGCGUUUCCCCCCAUUGUGAUCUUUCCCCCUUUUAUUUGAACCCCUGUAUACUCUUUCAUUCAUCAGAAAGGGUACAAUCAAUAUUUUCACCCUAGUCCGGCAGCACAGCUGCUCCCCUACAUCCAGAUGAAUGAAGACCCCAUUCGGGAAGAACGCAGGCCAGAGAUCCAGAGCUGAUGCAGGACAUGCUGGUGUCUCUGCAAAUAUGAUGAAGAAAAAGAAUUCGCACAAAAAACACAAGAGCACCGUCGGACCUACCAAGGUGUCCCAGCCACGGCGGAACAUAGUAGGCUGCCGCAUUCAGCACAUUUGGAAGGAGGGCAGUGGAGCAGCCUCUCAGUGGAAAGGAACAGUGCUAGACCAAGUGCCCGUUAACCCAUCGUUGUACCUUAUCAAGUACGAUGGCUUCGACUGUGUUUACGGGUUGGAGCUGCAUAAAGAUGAGCGAGUGCAGGGGCUGGAGGUCCUGCCAGACCGUCUAGCAUCUACGCGCAUAAGUGAUGCCCACCUGGCUGACACUAUGAUAGGCAAGGCCGUCGAGCAUAUGUUUGAGACUGAAGAGGGCUCAAAAGACGAGUGGCGGGGGAUGGUGCUGGCCAGAGCUCCUAUUAUGAACACAUGGUUUUAUAUCACAUAUGAAAAAGACCCCGUCCUCUACAUGUAUCAGCUCCUCGAUGACUACAAGGAUGGAGACCUGAGGAUCAUGCCAGAUUCAAAUGACUCGCCCCCAGCGGAACGGGAGCCCGGAGAGGUAGUGGACAGCCUCGUCGGGAAGCAGGUGGAGUAUGCCAAAGAGGAUGGCACGAAACGGACUGGCAUGGUCAUCCACCAGGUGGAGGCCAAGCCCUCCGUUUAUUUCAUCAAGUUCGAUGACGACUUUCACAUUUACGUGUACGACUUGGUGAAAACGUCAUAGGCCGGGCGCACCAGCGAGAGCAAGGGAGGAAGUCGCUGUAGCGAAGGAGGAGACUGACUUGGGAUGUGAUCCACAAACUCUGCCAAAAGUUCUCGUGGAACGUUUCUUUGCACCAUCUUGUGGAGACGUAACGAUGGAUAUUUCACUGGAGCCUUGGAUUGCCACUAGUUAAGUGUCUUUUUAUUGUUUUUCAGAUGAAGGGAUAGCUGUGUUUGACAUGAUAUUCCCUAAACAAAAGUAGCUUAAUAUUCAAAUGGUUGUCUUUUAGUAUUGUUCAUUCCUGUUGAUAACCAGUGAAGAUAAUGAGCAUACAUCAUUUCCACUAGCGAAAGGGGGGGCAAAAAAAAAACAAAAAAACACAGGUCCCAGAAUCAGUUGUCUGCCUUCAAGAGUUAACAUGUUCUCUGUUUGAAAUGGGAUGAAUCGGGUGGUUUGAUGACUGACAGAACAGAAGUGUGACUGUUACAGCUCCGUGCGGAGUUCAGCCUUUAUGUGUCACCCAAAGUUUUUUUUCCUUGUUUUUUUUUUCGCUUUGCUGAAGUCAACAGCAGCUCCCAGCAGUGGGGAUGACUUGCUCAGUUUCCCUUUUAACAUCGUUUUACUAUCACUAUGAAUUUUACUUGUCAUCUGUUUGUUAGAUGAUAUGUAUAUUUGUAGUGUGCACACCAGCUUCUUCUUCUUCUUCUUCUCCUUUUUUUUUUUUUAACAACGGUGUCUUGUACUUACCAUAUGAUAAACUGCUAAUGCAGCUUAUCAAUGAAUUAAUUAUAUUAAGCACUAAUGUCAUUUUACCUCUAUGGAAGAUUGGAGCACUUGAUUAUCUUUUUUCCUCAAAUAUGUGAUUUAUCACAUUCAGUCACUUAUUUAAAAAGCUAUUUACAAAUGAGCAUUUUUAAGCUUCGACAGAACUUAUUGUAUGCGUCUUGUGGAAUUCCGCUGUGGCUCAGCUAUAGCUUAUGUACUGACGGUGUUUUAAGUGUUUUGCGACUUGUAUUUACUUUCUUCAUCUAAUAUACAUGGACGCUUGUCUUAAUUUUCUUAUCCAACAUAUGACAAAACAAUUUGUGGGUUAGAUUUAUGAUCUUUUAUUUUAUUUGGAAGAUUGGCCGCCUAUUUCAAGAACUAUUGUGACAAAGACCAGUUUAAAAAAAAAAAAAAAAACUAACUAAAUUGAUGCAAUAAUAAUUCAAAAGUAUUCAGGAAACACAUUCAGGAAGUGCACUGCAAUCUUUACGGCCCACUCUGAUCUCAUUUGAUGAGUAAUGCUUUCUUACACAAUUAGCCUUUUGAGAUUUUUUUCAAUUUUUUUCACUUUAUGUGUAAAUGUGCGUGCCUCGCUGUUCGAUUGUCAAAUGUUUUAACGUUUUGUGUGUUCCCAACCAAUUUCUAUUUUCAAGCUGACCUGAGGGCCCCCUCUCAGGAAUGUUACAAUGUUUAAAGUAACACAUCCACAUUCACAGCCACAUGUUUUUCAUUUACCUCAUGCUCCUCGUUCAUGAGCGUUCGGCCCACUACAGCUCACUCCUCCUUUUCUUUUUUAGCCGCGUAUAGAAGCUCGGCUUCUGAAGGGAACGGCAGCGCGACUGCAAAGGUCACCCAAAGCUGUUGUAUUUUGCUUUUGAUAUGCACAAUGGAAAAAAAACAAUGUCACUGCAGCACCACAGACAGUGGAACUGAUGUCGCUUUGUAUUUCUUUUAUGUUCCAUUCUCCCAGUAUUGACCCUAAGACCUUAAGCCUGCUUAACUUACCAAAAAAAGAAAAAGAACCAUCAUCGAUUAAACCGUCGUGAUUCUUACACGGUUGGGGGAGCAUCGUCCUCUGUUGCCGCGCGGGACUUGUCAUGUUCUGUUAGUUUAAGGGGAGACUGUGGGCCCUGUAACAAAACUUUAUGCACCCCCAGUAUCUGUUGCAGCUACAUGUACUUAUCAAGUCUGUUUUUUGUUUUUUUUGGGGUUUUGUUUUGUUUUUUAAAGUAGGAUUCUGUCUUAUCAGUGGCAUAUGGACGUGUCAUUAUGCAAACGGACAUUCAGAAAAGACAUGUUCGACGGAUUGGCCUUUUAUUACAUUUACCUACUGUAGUAUUGUACCGUGUUUGAUGUCAGGUCGACGUGGGAAAUUGAAACAAAGAAGAAAAAAACGAACGCUAGGCCAUUCUUUUUGCAUGAUAUGAGUAGAGUUGUAAGUGUAUGUUAGUGUGAUGCAUGUGUACCUGUCUUUUUAUUUCAGUUAUUUGUUCCCUAAAUGAAAGUUUAUUGUGUUGCUAAUUGUGAAUUUCCUGUUAUUGGUUAUUAUAAUUAUUAUUUUUAUUUGUUUCCAAUUUUUUCCCAUUUCUUAAAAAAAACAAAAAAGUAUUUUAUUUUCUACUAUGCUCUAUCGGAUCAAAUGCACUGGUGUUCUAUGUGGAGUGCCAAUUUGAAGGGCAAGGUACCAGUGUUACACAGCAUUUGAGGGAUCAUAUCUUUAACGUUUCUACAUUUGUAUGCAUUAAGAGUCCCAGAAUUAACAUUGAGAAAAAGGCCUUAAAUGAUUGGGAUGAAAUUGUUAAUACAUAAAAAAAUCCUAUGUGAAGUAUGUAAGCGUAUGCCUGUGAGCGUGUAUGGAACUUCACGCUAAUGACCACACAUAUCCGUUUCAGCCUUGUACAUAUCGAAUUGGAGAAAACGAGGGGGUUUUUCUGUUUAGUGCACAACUUUACGCUGCUUGAAGAGAACGGUGGCCAAUUUGAGAAUAUGAUCCCUUUGAGAUGCUGUUGCUCUUUGAUUACUUUGUAAAAAACAAAAAAAAAACACAAAAAAAACAGUGCAAUUUGAUGAUUGUCGCAGAUACAUGUA